AAAACGACAGCAUUUCAAAGACAAAACUAGUUUUCAAAAUAAUAUUUCCUUGCAGAAAAUCACAGUUGUUGCAAAAUUGUCUGUAUUAGAAAAACAAAAUGAAAUACUGUUGACGCAGAGAAUAACUUAUGAUAUGAACUUAGUAAAGAAAAAAAAUAAAAAAGUAAAAAUUGAAAUUGAUAAAAUUUUUGGAUAGUAUGGAUAACAAUAUCAAAUCUUGUAAUGAGUUGUUUAGAAAAUGUCCCAGCCUAAGAAAAGCUGACACGUCCGCCGUUGACGAGGACUUUGCAUCGAUGAACUCGCUUAUAGCUUGGAAUAUAUCAAAAGUGUUAGAAAGCAAUCCUAACAUAGAUUUAAAGUCGAAGAUUAAAACAAUACAGGAACGCCUUGAGUCAAAUUCUUGGGUUGCAAGUUCGAUGGCAUCUCAACUGUCAGAGGAACGACACCUGGCGUGCGCAAUCCUCGCUUGGCAGAAGAUGGGUCAGGGGGACGCGAGCACCUUAUACCGAUUCAUAAAAUCCAAUUUAAACAAAGGUAGUGCAAAUACGAGCAGUACAGUGGUGACUGAAGAUAUUUACGUUGUUAGCACAUCUAAAGAGUCUCGCACAUCUGAAGUCAUAGUUGGACAUAAAGAGUCAAUUAUAUCGAACGGUGUGGACUCCGUGGAAGAAAUGUACCCACAUUACCGUCCCAUGUCCAUGCCUAUUGAAACUAAAAUAGUGAUGCGAUGCGAAAACACGUGUAAACCAAAACCUUCAAUAAAAAAAAUACAAAAGCCUUCAAGUCCUAUACCUCAGAAAGACCCUGCAGAGCCGUGUUCUGCACCUUGCAAAGAUCGUCUAGUCGAAAUGGACAAGUCGACCACAGACCUGAGACAACGCGUGCGGCAGCUCGGCAAGCGCGAAGAGGAGCGAGUCAAAUUGCUAACACGUGCAGAAGUCGCUUGGAAAGAUCUAGAAAAAGCGUAUGUACGAAGACUUAAGGUCGCCGAGGACAAAGAACAUGAUAUAGGAAAACAGAUAAAGGAUUUAAUAGACGAACGUGCCGAUUAUAAAACCGUAUGCAUGUCACUGGCUCAACAGCUUACGGAGAGAGAUGCGAUUGUGAACAAAGAAACUGAGACAUUAAAGAAAAUUGAAUCGGAUCUUUGUGAUCGGACAAAAAAGAAGUUCAAAUUAAGCGAAGAGAUAGCGGCGGUGUCAUCCACUCUAGCGCAGCACCACUGCCGCAUCGCGCAGACAGAAAGGGACCUUCUAUAUAAAGAAGAACAAGCUAAAAGAAAAGUUACUAGUUUAGAAGAAACUGCAAAUUCUUACAGGGGACUUAAAUACGACACAGAGAGAGCAUUACGCACUGAACUAAGUGCCUUAAAAGAUCAAGUAGCAAAAGUUUCUAAACGACUUUUACAAGAAGAAAAUGAAAAUCAAAGCAUCAAAAAUGAGCUUGAUGAGAUGCGAGUCAACAAAUGCAAUAUUCUUGAAGAUCUUGAUGCCUGUAAGAUUAUGUGUGAUCAUCUUCUGCAAGGUAAAAAGAAAGAAUUGAAAUCGAAGGCAGAGAAACUUGCAGAAUUGAAGGAGAAAGCAAUAGAAUGUCGCUGCAAGUUGCCACAAGAUAUUUCUAUCGAAGUCAAACGAACGCCAUCGUUGGCCGCGAUUUGUCGAUGUUGUUCGGAGGAACAUAUACCGGAAUCAUGUUCCUGUACCUCAGUAAGAAGCAGCGUUAUGUCGAACUUAUUGAAAGACCUGUUUGCGGGAUUGCAAUCUGAGCUAAGUGAGAAUGGUUCAGUAAUGCCUUGCGAGUUGCUCAAGUGUUUAGAAGACAAGCACAACUGGGACCGGUCGAGUGCAGUCAAGACGAACCUACGAAACUUCUUUUCGAAAUUGCUUGUCGGUGAGCUCGACAUCGCAAUAGGUUCCAGCAUUGAGAAAUAUCAUGUUAAGUGGGUUGGCGCAUCAUGUAUGGACGAGACAUCAAGAAUUCCGGAGGGCGUCGAAUUGGAGGAAUGGCAACAACGGGCUUUAGAAAAUCGGGCUCAAAAAAUGGCAAAGCAAUUAGCUGAACAGUUAUUCCAAGAAAAAGCUGAUGAACUGAUGGAAAAAGCAAAAGACGUUUUAAAAUUAACACCACCGCCUUGUGAAUGUGGUACUCAGUCAAAUGUUGACAAUCCAGGCGGACGAAAGACACAAACGGAUAUAUCAAGUCUUAAGAAUAAAAGUACUAACGAUCUCAAAAGUGGUUCUACUCUAAGGAAUACAACAUUAAAAAAUGUUACACAAUUACAAUUCACCCAAGUUAUGGACAAAAAAUCAAGAGUGACAAAGAAAAAUAUUUUGAAGCCUUCCAAAGACAGAACCAGUAACAAAUUUUUGCGGUCACACGGAGCAAGCAAUAAUUUGUCAUUAGGAGAAUCUAAAAAAUCUGGAAAUGUAAUGAACAUCAAUCAAAUAUAUCAUCACAGAGCAGUCAGUACAGAGAGAAAUGAUAACUUACCUAAUUGGCUGCUAAGCGCUACGAAGAAAAGACUAUUAGAAUCAAGUAAAUCAAGGGAAGUACCUAAUAAAAACAAUAUUAAUCAAUGCACGUCAAGUAAAAAUGAUAGAAAUUCGAAAAAACGACAACAAACUUAUGCAAUUAAUUUGUGUUUAUGUGAAAAAGAAAAACAUGAGAAUGCCCUUGUUCUUCUACCUACAACCCUAAUUAAUGAACCUAACAUUGUAAAAGAGGAAAAUUCUAUUCCUGCAAUCGACCCAGAGAAAGUGGCUUCGUCCUUUGAGUCCAAAAAUACACUACCUUUUGAAAUAUCCAAUUUCGUGGAUAACCCUAUAGAAAUAUAUCAAAGAAAUAUCAAUAAGCCAUUUCAAGUGAGUUGUUCGGGAAGGGACUGCAAAUGUUUAAACAAAAUGCCUUCAUGUACCUCGAUUAAUAAAUUAUUAGAUAUCUUCAGACACGAGGAAUUUAAAACAUCUGAAUUUAAAAAGCUAGAAGAUUUUAAACUAACUUCAUAUAAAACUUCUAACAUGCUACCUUACGAGGAAGACGUCUUGUAUAACGACAUUAUAAAUAAAGUAAAGAAAUUAAUUUUAGACAUGAAUGACGAAACUUUGUGUAAAUGUUUAAAAGAUAAUCAAAGUGAUAAUAUCGACGCCAGCUGGAAACAAAAAAAAGAAAAAACCAAUACUGAAGAAGACAGACACAAUCUUUCUAUACCGUACAUUGGAUAUACUUUAGAUUGCACCUGUGAUAAAAUGUUAGGUCCGUGUGUAUGUGCAAAAUCGGUGUUGGCGAAUAAGAAAAAUAUUUAUAAAGAUAAUAUUUGGAAAGCUAAGGAAAAUGUAAAUACGUCCUACAUAAUGCAAGGUGCUAGUGGCGAAAAUUCAAACACAAAUCCUAUUGAAAUCCUUGAUUACAAUAGCCAUGAUUUGGUCAGGAAGAAUAGCUGUGUUUGCGAAAAAGUAAUAGACGCGAAUCGUAACAAUGAAGGUAUUAAGUUGAAAAUGUCGACCCAAAAUUUAGAACAAGGCAUAAAUAAUUCCACAAAUACAUCUCGAACUUUCGAUGACGUUGAAUAUUCAAGUUACAAUGAAUGGGACGAUUGUGAAUCGUAUUACAGUCAAAAUGUUACCGAAGCAUCUACGCAUAAGGACAAACUUUAUGACUCCCUACAUUUACCUAUAGACUACCUUUCGAAUCGUGAGAAAAGUAAAACUCUUUUACACAGCGAUGAUGUUCUAAUGCCUAGCGAUAGAUCAGACAACUGUGAUUGUGAACUGGUGCCUAUUUGUCAUGUCAAAAUGUUGAUAGAUAAUAUUGAACUGUCAGUGCACGUUCAGUGCCGCACAACAUUUAAUGUACGCACGCAAGUGCGCUUGUUAAACAAAAUGGAGACAAAAGUGAAAAACGCCGACGAAAACGUCACUAAAAAGAGAAAUCAGCCCAAUAUAUUAUCGAGAAUCUUCUUGUGUUGGGUGUUACCUGUGAUAUAUAAAGGAAAUAUUAGAGAUGUCGAAGAAAGUGAUUUGAUAAAUCCCCCCAAAAAAUAUGAUUCGGAUCUUCUUGGAGAUAGGUUUGAAAGGUAUUGGUUGGCAGAAGUCGAAAAUGCAGCCCGUAAUAAUAAAAAACCCUCGCUUUGGAAAGCAAUGGUUCGAUCAUUCUGGCUGGCUUACAUGCCCGGAGCCUUUCUACUAUUAGUCAAUACAGCAGCAAGGACUGCACAGCCGUUGCUAUUCACUCAGCUCUUAUCAUACUGGUCUGUGGAAUCAUCGUUGACAGCUCAAGAAGCAGGUUACUACGCUUUAGGGAUGCUGGGUCUUAACUUCCUCGGCUUUAUAUGCCAUCACCACAACGCACUGUUCGUCAACAGUUUCAGUUUAAAAGUUAAAGUUGGCGUAUCCUCACUAAUAUACAGAAAGGUGUUAAGAAUGAGUCAAAACUCGUUAGGAGAAGUGGCAGCAGGGAAGCUUGUGAAUCUGCUAUCGAAUGAUGUGUCCAGAUUUGACUUCGCCUUCAUGUUCCUUCAUUACUUCUGGCUGGUACCUAUUCAGUUGUGUGUCGUGUUAGUGUUACUCUACUAUACAGCUGGUUUUGCACCGUAUGUUGGACUUUUUGGUGUAUUUAUCUUAGUUCUUCCCGUUCAAGCCGCUCUCACUAAAGUGACUUCUAUCGUGCGACGAGCGACCGCGCAGGGAACCGACAAGAGAAUAAAGUUGAUGAAUGAAUUUAUAAACGGAAUUCAGGUCAUAAAAAUGUACGCAUGGGAAAAACCCUUCCAGACAAUGGUCAGACUUUCUCGGAUUAAUGAACUAAAGUUUCUGCAAAGGUCCAUUUUUGUUCGGAGCGUGUUCGUUGGUUUUAUGUUGUUUACAGAACGAACCACGUUGUUCAUCACGUCGCUUACAAUCGUCCUCACGGGCUCCGUACUCACCGCCACUACGAUAUAUCCGAUACAACAGUUUUUCAAUAUCGUUCAAAUGAAUUUAACUUUCAUUCUGCCCAUAGCAAUAGCAAGUUUGUCGGAAAUGUUUGUAGCACUGGAACGUAUACAAGGAGUUCUUAUGAUGGAAGAAAGAGAAGAUUUAAAAGCUUUAAACGGUAUAACUAACGAGGUAAAUCCUAUAACUUUCAACGGUAAUAAGAUGUCGAAGCCUUCUGAUCCAGUUAUCUCUGCAAAAUAUGUAUCUUUAGACAAACAAUCAGCGUUGAGACCAGCUGAUAAACCAAGAAUAUCUCUUAAUGCUCCGUUUGAAAAUGCGGUGGAGAUGUAUGGAGUGAGUGCGUCGUGGACUAAUUCUAAAGACAGAAUGACUCUCAAGAAUAUAUCAAUGCGGGUUCGGAAGGGAAAAUUAUGCGCUAUUAUUGGACCUGUUGGAAGUGGCAAAUCAUCUUUGCUGCAAGUAUUUUUAAAGGAGUUUCCAAUAUGCGAGGGCAAUUUUAACGUGAACGGUAGACUGUCCUACGCCUGCCAAGAAUCCUGGCUGUUUCCGGCGAGCGUUCGGGACAACAUAUUGUUUGGAUUGCCGUAUGACGCGCGUAAAUAUAAGGAGGUAUGCAGAGUGUGUUCACUGAUGCCAGAUUUCAAGCAGUUUCCCUUUGGAGAUCAGUCAUUAGUGGGUGAGCGCGGUGUCUCCCUGUCUGGAGGACAAAGGGCUAGAAUCAACCUAGCCAGAGCUGUGUAUAGAGAAGCAGAUGUUUAUUUGUUGGAUGAUCCUUUGUCGGCUGUAGACGCUAAUGUUGGCCGCCAACUGUUUGACGAAUGCAUCAACGGUUACUUACGUGACAGCACCCGUAUCCUAGUCACUCAUCAGAUACACUUCUUGAAAGCUGCCGAUUACAUUGUAGUUCUUAAUGAUGGUGCAAUUGAGAAUAUGGGAACCUACGAUGAGUUAGUAAAGUCUGAAAAAGAGUUUUCUUUGUUACUAGCCAGUCUAAGUGAAUCUAAUACUGAAGGAGAAGAUGGUACAGGCAAGUCUACGCGUCCAACUGUGGAGCGAGUAUUAUCAAGAAUUUCCGUAAAAAGCGAAGAAGAUGACGAGGAAGAAAAGAAACAAACAUUAGAUGCAGAAGAGAGAGCUAAGGGUACUUUGAAAUGGAGUGUGAUCGCAAACUACAUUAAAUCUGUAGAGUCAGUGUGGGCGGUGGCCAUGGCACUGUUUGCACUACUCUUGACACAAGCAGCGGCGACGACGGCUGAUUACUGGCUAAGUUUCUGGACUAAUCAAGUUGAUUUACAUGAACAGUCGUUACCUGAGGGCGUUGAACCAGAUCCCAGUUUGGAUACUCAAAUGGGCAUUUUGACUACUGGACAAUACUUGUUAAUCUACGGCUGCAUUAUAGUUUUUAUCAUUAUCAUAACCCAAGUGAGGAUAAUCGCCUUCGUGACAAUGACCACUCGAGCUUCCAAGAAUCUUCAUAACACCGUGUUUAAAAAUCUCAUUAAUGCUUCGAUGCGAUUUUUCGAUACGAACCCUUCUGGUAGAAUCUUAAACAGAUUUUCGAAAGACAUGGGCGCAAUGGACGAAUUACUACCACGAAGUGUUUUGGAAACUCUGCAAAUGUACCUAUCAGUAAUAAGUAUUCUAGUGCUCAAUGCCAUAGCACUACCAUGGACUCUGAUACCUACGGUUGUCUUGCUAUUUAUCUUCUUGUUCCUAUUGAAAUGGUAUAUUUCAGCUUCACAGGCCGUGAAGAGAUUAGAAGGGACAACCAAAAGUCCCGUAUUCAGUAUGAUCAAUUCGACUAUAGCUGGAUUGUCAACAAUCAGAAGUUCUAACUCACAAAAACGGCUGCUCACAAUUUUUGAUCAAGCACAGGACCUUAAUUCUAGUGCAUUUUACACUUUCCUGGGUGGUUCUGCUGCAUUUGGUCUAUACUUGGACGCUUUGUGUUUGAUUUAUCUCGCAAUUAUCAUAACCAUUUUCCUUCUCUUCGAUUUUGGUAACGUCAUACCCGUUGGUAGCAUAGGCUUGGCCGUAAGUCAAUCUAUGGUUCUGACAAUGAUUUUGCAAAUGGCCGCCCGAAUUACUGCUGAUUUUCUUGGCCAAAUGACUUCAGUUGAAAGAGUGCUCGAAUAUUCAAGAUUACCCGCCGAGGAAAAUAUGGAAACUGGACCUAUUAAACCAUCACCGGAUUGGCCCUCAAAAGGACGCGUAAACUUCGAAAACGUUUGCUUGAGAUAUGGUCCUGAAGAUCCUUUGGUAUUGAAAAACCUGAACUUUGAAAUAGAAAGCGGUUGGAAGGUUGGAAUCGUUGGCAGGACCGGAGCAGGCAAAUCUUCACUUAUAUCGGCUUUAUUCCGAUUGUCAGAUAUUGAUGGAAGUAUAAAAAUCGAUUCAAUAGAUACACGUGAUGUAGGAAAAUCAAUUUUCAGAUCAAAGAUUUCAAUCAUACCACAAGAGCCUGUCCUAUUUUCUGCUUCGCUGAGGUAUAAUUUGGAUCCUUUUGACAGUUACAGUGAUGAUGACAUAUGGAGAGCCUUAGAGCAGGUGGAAAUGAAAGACGCAAUUCCUGCAUUGGACUUUAAAGUAUCGGAAGGUGGCGCCAACUUUUCCGUGGGUCAAAGACAGUUGGUGUGCCUGGCCAGAGCAAUACUACGGUCUAACAGGGUUCUUGUCAUGGAUGAAGCGACUGCCAACGUUGAUCCUCAAACGGACGCUUUAAUCCAGACGACGAUUCGUAAACAAUUCGCAGCGUGUACGGUACUCACCAUCGCUCACCGUCUGAACACUAUCAUGGAUUCUGACCGCGUCCUAGUCAUGGAUAAAGGAGAAGUGGUGGAAUACGACUACCCAUACCGUCUCCUACAAAACCCUAACAGCAAGUUCACCUCCAUGGUACGGGAAACAGGAGAGAUGAAAGCGUUGCUUGAAGUAGCUAAAGCGAAAUAUUAUAGUAUAAAUCCACAAUAG